AUGACAGCUGCCUUCGCUUCCCCCGUUGAGAAGCGAGCUAGAGGACCGUGGAUGGCAAUCAAUUCCGACUUUCCAGACCCUAGUUUCGUACAGAGCGCGGACGGGGCGUGGUAUGCCUUUGGCACAAAUGGCAAUGGCAAGCGCGUCCAGGUGGCUAGGUCGGCGGAUUUCAGCUCAUGGACUCUUCUCGACAAAGAGGCAUUGCCAGCUCUUGCAGGGUGGGAGACUGAAAUAGAUCAUUGGGCUCCGGACGUCAUCAGGAGGAACGAUGGCCGGUAUGUCAUGUACUAUUCAGGCGAGGCCAAACAGAUGGUGAGGCAUCAUUGCGUGGGCGUCGCCGUCUCUGAAGGGACAGAUCCCACGGGACCAUAUGUGCCGAACGAGACGCCACUAUCAUGCCGACUGGACCAGGGAGGCUCGAUCGAUCCGGCGGGAUUUCUUGAUAAGGAUGGUAGCCGCUACGUUGUCUUCAAAGUAGACGGCAAUAGCAUCGGCCAUGGUGGAGACUGCAAUAACGGCAUUGCUCCUCUGGUACCCACACCGAUUCUUCUGCAGAAAGUGGGAGAUGAUGGCUUCACGCCCAUCGGAAACGCCAUUCAGAUUCUUGACCGUGACGAUAGCGAUGGACCUCUGGUCGAAGCUCCCAACCUUAUCCUGCACGGUGACACGUACUUUCUUUUCUACUCUACCCACUGCUUCACGGACACUAAAUACGACGUGCGAUGGGCGACCUCAAAGUCAAUCACAGGCCCGUAUGUCAAGACUGGUCAGAAGUUAUUCCAAACCGGCGACUACGGACUAACUUCACCUGGUGGAGGCACCGUUUGUGGAUGUGGUGACAAGAUGCUCUUCCACGGGUUCUGUGAGUCCAACAAGCGAUGUACAUAUGCUGCGAACAUUGCCAUUUACGGCGAUCAGGUUACACUUCUUUAA